AUGCCAGCUACGGAUUUUCAAGGAUCAUUUGGGAGGACGUUGCUAAGUUUUCGGCGAGACCAAGUUGACUCAACCGCCGGAAGUAGCCACCACGAGCGAAGCAACAUGGAGGUUGAGCUCGACUCGUUUCAGAGACAAGUCGCCGAGAAAUUCAUCGAUCUCAACGCCUCCGGUGGUGAAAACGAGCUCCUCUCUCUCGAAUGGAUCGGAAAGCUUCUCGAUUCGUUUCUCUGCUGCCAAGAGGAGUUUCGCGCUAUCGUGUUCAACCACCGAUCACAGAUCUCUAAAUCUCCGAUGGACCGCCUGAUCUCGGAUUACUUCGAGCGGAGCAUCAAAGCCCUCGACGUCUGCAACGCAAUCCGCGACGGAAUCGAACAGAUCCGCCAGUGGCAGAAACUCUCCGACAUCGUGAUCUCCGCUUUAGACAGUAACCGUCCGAUCGGAGAGGGACAGCUCCGGCGAGCGAAGAAAGCUCUGAUCGAUUUAGCGAUCGGAAUGCUCGACGAGAAAGACCCUUCCUCGGCGACGAAUCUUGCUCACCGUAACCGUUCGUUCGGAAGAAUGAAAGACAAUCACAGUCACCACCGGUCGAUCGGACACUUCAGGUCUCUCUCGUGGAGUGUCUCGAGGUCGUGGUCAGCUUCCAAGCAGUUACAAGCCUUGGCGAACAACUUGGCAACGCCUCGACCAAACGACGUCGCUGCCACAAACGGUUUAGCCGUGCCGGUUUACACAAUGACGAAGAACUCUUGUGGGUUGCUUAAGGAGAUUGAUCGGAUUGAGAAGAGCUCGAGGGUGAUGAACGAAUUGAUCGAUUCGAUUCAUUUUCCCUUGACUGAUGAGAAGGAAACUGAGGUGAAACAGAGAGUUGAGGAGCUUGUGGAUGUUCAUGAGGCUUUGAAAAAUGGUUUGGAUCCGUUUGAGAGGAAAAUAAGAGAAGUUUUCCAUCGUAUUGUUCGGAGCCGAACAGAGAGUCUUGAUUGUCUCUGA